UACAUUGGUUAAAAAAUAGACGAUAAGUUUUCAGUUUUGCGUCGGGUACGUCGGGGCUAUGACGUUCGCGAUGGGUUUCCGCGAAGACACAAAAAAGUGCACCAGGCACGUGCCACACAACGAGAGGUCGCCGCAAACGGUCUCGAAACGAAACGCCCGCGAACGCAGGCGAGUACAGGCGGUUAACAGUGCUUUUAUGAGGCUGAAGAAGGUCGUACCGUUCGAGAACACUAGAGGUAAGCGGAUCAGCAAGGUAAAAACUUUACUAAAGGCGAUAGAGUACAUCCGCGGGCUUAUCCACCUCCUGCAAAAUCAACGGGACUGCAGCUACCCCGACUUUUCAAUGGGAGGCUAUUUCGUCCAUCACAUGGAGUCCAGCGUAUAUGACGAGUGGGAGUACGAGAAGAACGAGUUCGCGUAUUAUCAAGACAGAAAACAUCAAUUUUGAAUAAUUCUUUUUAAGAUUAUGUUCGUAUUCUAGUCAACUUAACCGAAAAAUGCAGUAAAGGGUGUCGUUUGAGGAUCUUACGCAUUUAUUUAGCUUAACUUUGUGCUUAAGAGAUCUCACUCUUGUCCGUCAUGAUUGUGAGCUUGAAUGUGCCUAAAUAAAA